UUCAACCGGAGAAGGUUACUUUCCAACUGAUCGCCUGUGGGGACCGCUCGGAGUCCCGGCGCUGCUUUCUUCGGUGAAACCCAAAGGCCGCGGACCAUGCCCCCAGCUCACGGCCGCCCGCUGCUGCCCGUGCUCCUCCUGUUGCCUCUGGCCCUGUCCCUGUCCCUGACUGGCGCCCACUCAGCGUCCUGGGGGCGCAGGGCAGCGAGUGUGGCAGACGAGGAGCCGAAGCCGUCGCCUGUCCGGCCAGCGGCAGCAGAGACCGCCGGCGCCGGCCCUGCGCUCUUGCUGCGCCGGCAGGCUCGGGCCACCCCGGCUCUCCGCGCGGUCCGCAGCGCAGAAAUAUUCCCAAGAGAUUUGAACUUAAAGGACAAAUUCAUAAAGCAUUUCACAGGGCCAGUCACAUUUUCAGCCGAAUGUAGCAAACAUUUCCAUCGACUCUAUUAUAAUACCAGGGAUUGUUCAAUGCCAGCUUACUACAAAAGGUGUGCCAGAUUGCUGACAAGAUUAGCAGUGAGUCCACUGUGUACUCAGACGUAGAAAAUGUGACCUACAUUUCUCAAGAAUGUAAACCUAAUUUGAAGAAAAUAGUGCCUGGAAUCAUACCAAAUGUCAAAAGAGAUGAAACUCCUAAUUCUAUGGUGUAAUAAGAUGAGUAAAACAAGAGACUUAUCUCUAUGACAGAACUAAUUAUCUGUAUCCUAUCAUGGAUUGGAUUUGGUCCUGGUUUGUCUUUGUGGAUAUAGUAAUUUGUAAUUAAAAAAGAAAUUUUAAAUCUCCAUAUUGCAACUAGAAUUUUAAAAAUUGUGCUUUUCUACUUUAUUUUUGCUAGAUAUAAUAAUUUUAUUACAUGGCUAAUAUUCCAUGUGUAUAUGAGUUAAACAUUUAAUUAUGCAAAUUAUAUCUGAGAAUGCCAAUGAGAAAUGAUUUUUUUUGUAUAUUAUUUUUAGUGAAACUUUGGUCUAAUAAUUAUCUAAUAAGUAUACUUUUAUAAGUCUUAUUUAAUGAUAUUUAAAUACAUGUACCUCAGGAUUUUGUUGUCAUUGUUUGCAUUAAUUUGAAAUGUAAAUUUUAUUAAAACUGAAAUAUGAAAAAUCUGUGCCAUUUGUCUUUGAAUGAAAUAUAUUUUAUCCCAGAGGUUAUGAUAAUGAAAUAUGAUUAAUAUAUAUGUAUGCAGGGGGGUUGGUUUUUUUUUUGGAUGUUUACAUAAACAUUUUUUUCUGAACUGAUAACUAGGUUCCUGAGACAAUUUUUGACUUUUUGAAGUUAGAACGUAUGGUAUUCCUGUCUUAUAUAGAAAGGAUGGCAAUUGCUCUUGGCCAGGGGGGAUGUGUGCUGUAGAAGAAUGGAUGGGUGGACUGUAGGCUAUGUUUAGAAUGUAACAAAAUGCCCUGACACAUUCAACAAGUUUCAUUUAAAAACAACAAUAAAAAAAAUAUGAAAACUACAAUGAACAAUAGUAAAAGCUCAUCCUUUUGAAGAGUAGACAAACCACAAGUUGCUUGGUAAUACAUAGACAGUAAAAAAAAACAGUAGCACACUGUUUUUUUCCAUGUUUUGCCAUUUGUGUAGGUACCAUGAAGACAGACGUGUGUCUGUACUAGCCAUUACAUCCGUUUUCAUCACCUGUACGUGCCUGUGAAGUCAGGUUGGUUGAUUGUGGCAUUUAGAUCUUCUGUGCCUUUAUUGAGCUUCUUUCUGGAUGUCCUGUCCUUGACCGAAAGUGGUGUGUUGAAGUCUCCUACUAUUAUUGUGGAGCUGUCUAUCUCACUUUUCAAUGCCGAUAGAGUUUGUUUUAUGUAUCUUGCAGCCCUGUCAUUGCAUGCAUAAAUAUUUAAUAUGGUUAUAUCUUCUUGGUGUAUUGUCCCUUUAAUCAUUAUAUAGUGUCCUCCCUUAUCCUUUCUGAUGGAUUUAACUUUAAAGUCUAUUUUGUCAGAAAUUAAUAUUGCUACUCAUGCUCUUUUUUGAUUGUUAUUUUUUUCCAUCCUUUGAGUUUUAGUUUGUUUGUGUCUCUAAGUUUAAGGUGUGUCUCUUGUAGGCAGCAUAUAGAUGGAUCAUGUUUUUUAAUCCAUCCUGCCACUCUCUAUCUCUUUAUUGGUGCAUGUAGUCCGUACACAUUCAGCGUAAUUUUGGAUAGGUAUGAAUUUAGUGGUAUCAUUUUCAUGUCUUUUUUUGUGUGUUGUUGACAGUUUCUUUUUCCCACUUAAUUUUAUGUGCUGAGUAGAUUAUCUUUAUAUAUUGUCCUUUCCUCAUAUUCAUUCUUGUUGAUUUUGUUUCUGCUGAGUCUGUAUUUUUUUCUUCUAUUUUUUUUUGAUGAGUAGGAUAGUUUGUCUCCUCUGUGUUUACUGUAUUAUUUACCCCUAUUUUUCUAAAUUUAAACCUAACUUUUAUUUCCUCCUAUCGCUGUAUCUUCCUCUCCGUAUGGAAGGUCUAUGAUUACAUUUCUAGCCGUUUUUAAUAUUUAAUAAUUUAAUUUAAUAAUAUUUAAUAUUAAUAUUUUAAAGUUGUCUUCUUUUAUAUAAUAACAUUGCUGUUACCCUGUUUUGAGCUUUUUUUUUUUUUUAAACCCUGCUUUGUUUUUUUGGUUUCCCUGUCUGGGUUGAUGUCUGAUUGCUCUGCCCAGUAUUCUAGUCUUGGCUUGAUACCUGAUAUUAUUGAUUUUCUAAUGAAAGAACUCCCUUUAGUAUUUCUUGUAGUUUUGGUUUGGUUUUUACGAAUUCCCUCAACUUCUGUUUAUCUGGAAGUGUCUUAAUUUCACCUUCAUAUUUAAGAGACAUUUUUGCUGGCAAUUUUUUUCCUUCAAUCUUUUAAAUAAGUCAUCCCAUUGCCUUCUUGCCUGCACGGUUUCUGCCAAGUAAUCUGAGCUUAUUCUUAUUGGCUGUCCUUUGUUGGUGACUUUUCUUUUAUCCCUAGCUGCUCUUAUAAUUCUCUCUUUAUCUUUGAUUUUGGCAAGUUUGAUUAUAAUAUGUCUUGGUGACUUUCUUUUAACAUCUACCUUAUGUGGAGUUCAAUGAGCAUCUUGGAUAGAUAUCUUCUUAUCUUUUCACAAUAUCAGGGAAGUUUUCUGCCAACAAGUCUUCAAGAAUUCUCUCUGUAUUUUCUGUUAUCCCUCCCUGUUCUGGUACUCCAAUCACUUGCAGGUUAUUUCUCUUGACAGAGUCCCACAUGAUUCUUAAGUUUUCUUCAUUUCUUUUAAAAUUCUUUUAUCUGAUUUUUCUUCAAAUAUAUUAGUGCCAAGUGAUUUACCUUCAAGUUCAGAAAUUCUGGCUUCUACUUGCUCAAUUCUGCUCCUCUGACUUUCUAUUGAGUUGUCUACUUCUGUAAUUUUAUUGUUAAUCUUCUGAAUUUCUGAUUGCUGUCUGUCUAUGGAUUUUUCCAGCUCGUUAAAUUUUUCGUUAUGUUCCUGAAUAAUCUUUCUAAUUUCUUCAAUUGCUUUAUCUGUGUGUUCCUUGGCUUGUUCUGUAUAUUGCCUCAUUUUCUUCCUGAUGUCUUGAAGGGUUCUGUAUACUAAACUUUUGUAUUCUGCAUCUGGUAAUUCGAGGAAUGUACUUUCAUGUAGAAGAUCCCUGGAUUCUUUGUUUUGAGAGCUUGUUGAGGUGAUCAUGGUCUGUUUCUUUAUGUGACUUGAUAUUGACUGUUGUCUCCAAGCCAUCUACAUGUUAUUGUAUUAGUUUAUGUUUGCUUACUGUGUUGUAGCUUCUUGCUUUGUUUUGUUUUGAUAUGGCCUUAUGGGUUUCUUGAGUGAGCUAGCUUGAUUAUUUUCGCCUUUGGAGCUGUGACCUCCUAUUCCCAGAUGGCUAGAGGUGUUAUCAGGCAUAUCAGUCUAGGAGUCCAUUCACUUUUCUUCUAUGAAUUCAGCUCAGGUGUCCAGGUAGCUGAUCAUCAAGUAUGUGGUACAGGCUCUGUCCUACAAUCUUAGAGGGGCAGGGGUUAUUGGUGUAUAUACUGGUAUCUGAUUGCAGCAGGGGGUCACACUCUGAACAAGGCAGGGGGUUGAGAACCGACCCCCGAGUGUCUCUGAGGAAAGCACGUCCCUGUUCCCCAGAGCAUGUAGGUGGGUGGGUUCUCCAGAUGGACCAUGGGCACUGAAUGUUUUUGGUUGUAAGGAGUGGGAGGUACCAGUUAUCCUUGGAUCUCUGUUGUGAGUGGCUGGGUGACCUGAGUGGAGCUACCAGUCCUUAGACCCCUGAUGUGGGUAGGUGAGAAUCUUGUUUAAUAGGCAAAGCAAUGUCAGAUAUCAAACACCCAUGUCUCCACCGCACAACUGAAAUGGUUGGAGUCUGCCAACAAGGGCCUAUUCUGAAAUAGUCCCACAUCGUUCCAUGCAGAGGGGAACGGUGCUCAAAGUCCACAGACCGUUUAUGCCUGUACAGGAGCCGCUUCUAUCCUGAGCUCCCCCAGUUAAUGGAGCUGGCAAAUUAUCUUUUCCCCUAAGUGCAUUUUUUUUUCCUUCCCCAAGGCCAGGAGGAUGGCUCUAGGCACUCAACAGUGCCUAUCUCAGGCCCAGGGAAUUCAGCCACUGAAGCCUUCUUGGGGUUUGGAGGGCGUGUUAAAAUAUACGCAAGUACUUAGGUUUCGCAGAGAGCGCUGUUCUUCUCAGGUUCCAGAGGUGUGAGUAGGCUGUGUGGCUGGCUGCUUCUCCCUGAGGAAAAUGUGGCUGAAGGCUAGUACCAGUCCAGCACCACGGCUCUGGGAAUGGUGCCUGAGAGCACCCCACAAUUCGGGUCCAGUAACUCCUCUCCGCUUCUGAACUGUCUCUUCCUCCCCCGGCCCCUAAGUUCAUUUUCUAAGCUUGUCUUUGAUGCUCAGGUCUCCUAGCUUGUCAUAAAUGUACUAGUUUCACUUGUUUGUUCAGGUCUUUGUUGUCAAGAGGGCUCACCAGAAGUAUCUCUAUUCUGCCAUCUCGGCUCUGCCUCUAGAUAGUUCCUUUUUUAAAAGGAACAAUUAAAGUCAUUUUUGAAUUUCCAAGCUAUUUAAUUUGGCUUCUGUUUGUGGCACUUUGAGCUACAUGUAUGUGUAUAAGGGCGUACACAUACACACACAGCAGCAUAUAUAACAGCUACACAUGCCAAGUGUAUAAAACGUGUGUGCGUGUGUAUAACACACACACUCCCUCUGUCUGCUAUGGGCUAAUUUUGAAGAGCUCCCAUAAGUUUUGCUGCUUUUCCCAUAACUACUGCCAUCACCAUCAGAAUUCAUAAUCAAACUUAACCUUUUUGUUGCGGUCACCAAAUCUGAAGACAAAAUUAAUUCACACCAGUAAACUUCAAACUGCUUUCUUUCUUGAAAAACUAAUGUUUAAUGUAAUGUCUGUUCCAAGUUGUUGAUUGCAUGUGGUUAAUGUUGCAUUAGAGCACUUUGCAAUUGCAUAAUUCAUUAAUGUUUUGUGAGUUCGCAUUUGUGAGUUAUUGGAUGAUCAGAUUGGAUUUUGUCAAGUACCACAUUGUACAUCUUGCCUAGAUGUCAAUGACAGCCAGCAAUAUACAGUUUGUAAUGAAACUAUCUAAAUUCUUCUCUUAUCAUAUCUGUUACGUGUAAAACACUCGUAACUAGCUUUUUUAAUUUAUUAUUUGAAUUUUAGAAUAGUGAAUCACUAAUUUUUAGUUGCUGAGGUUAGCGUUUUAGUGAUUACUAAGCACUUCUGUCAGUCUUGAAAAAAGGAACUUACAUUUAUUCUUUGAAGAUCUCUGAAGAAUUUAUCCUAUACUAGAAUGGGCAUGUAUUGUAAUUGUUUUACGUCAAAUAGUCCAUGUUGUUGAAAAAACAGUAACCUUUGUUAAGGAAAGAAACCAAUAAACUUGGCCUUUCCAAGUGGAAAAAUGAUCUGUCACUAUAAUAUACUGUAUGUUCACAUUUUAUUUAAAUUCAAUCUCUUAUGUAUAGGCUUAUAAUCUUCCCCCAAAACAACAGUGAUUGUGAUUGUUUUCUAGAAAUUUCUUAGAAGUGCCACACUUGGCAGUAAAAAGGAGUUUGAGUGUAAUCGUCCAGAGAUUUCUAUAGUGUUGAAUGUCUAAAAUGGUAAAUGUGCCACUGUGGCAAGUUUACAGUGGCUUAUGUUUUUCAUAGUUAACUCAAAUGAACAUCUAUU